GUGGGAGGGAUCUCUGGGUGACUUUCUAACUUUGUUGCUUGUUUCUGGCUUCGGCUCUUUGUUUGCGAUAGUCGUCUGUUUGGUUGUGGUUUGGAUUGGUUUGAAGCAAUGUGGUCGGGGCCAAGGUUCGGUGGAAGAGCUGAAAACAAAUCAGUUGGCAGAUUUACAGGUGGAUUCGAGCGAAAGAGCUGAAUUUUCAAUCUAUACAGUUGCAUGGAAAGCCCUCAACGCGUCAUGUAAAUGAGAAAGAAAAGUCAGCUGGCAGCUGGACAGCUUUAAAGGGCAGCAUCUUUAUCACUUAAAAGCAUGUCAACCCUAACCCAUCAGGUGCUAGACCUCGUGGCCAUAGCCGCAGCCUUAGCGAAAGUCUUGGUUUUCUUGUCUCCCCUCAAUGGCAGAUCAGAAUUGGCAGCAGAAGAGCUUGAGCGACUCUGAAAUUCUUUUCGGAAAUACCUCAAAUCCCUCUUCUGCUGACCUGCCGACUUAUGAAUCCUCGCAAUCUCCGAAUGGCAGACAGGGAGAUAGCCAGCCUGACGUUGGCUUGGUUGACCGACUAGCCUCGUUGAGGCAGAGUAGUAUUUCUCAUGACAACCGUUUUGUAGCGAAGAGCCGGAAACGAUCGGCAGAUGAGGACUCCCAAAUGGACGAAACGCCAAAAAAGAAACGCAAAUCAACUGCGGCAAGAGUGAUUGCAAAGGUGAUCCAAACUAUGUAUGAGAGCUCAACUGUCGCCUUCACCACGUAUCAGAAUUACAAAGAUAAAAUCAGAAACCAAAUUACCUAUAGAACAUCUUGGCAAAAAGAGAUUGACAAUAGGAAAAUGCGUGGUUGUGGUAUUGAUUUUAUUCAUUUUACGGAAUCGCCAAACGCAAUGCUGACGAGGCAAAAUUCGAGCAAUAGCCUCAACCGUCAUAAAGGGAAAGAAGCUAUCCAAGAAUCAAGGUCUGUACAAUCGAACGCUAACGCAUCACCUGGUCCAGUGAUCGACUCUGAGAACUGGUACUGGGUUACUCGCGAUCUGAAAGUUUCUGUUGUUGUAAGUAUUAUGAAUGUUGUAGCUUUUGACAAGCACAAUCUGACACUUCAUUGUAGCCAACAAGAGAACUUGGCAAACCACGCGGCAUCAAAUUUCAAAUGCAGUUUGGCAAAACUCAACGUAAAAACAUUCCUUUGUAUAAAUCAUUUCCAUAAGUUUAUAUUAUUUAGCACUCCCAAUGUUGUAUAUAUUUCUACAAAGAUACUUUUCUGCAAUAUCGGCGUUUCAACCGUCGAGAAACUGGGAUGUCCCUGAAAACAAAAAAAAAAACCAGUCC